UAGUCAUCACGCUACCCACCCACAUCAUGCAACGGCAGGACUUCAAGAAGUACAGUACUUCGUAGAAACAAGCCACAGCAAGUACAUGUACAAAAUUGCAUUUUCAGCUUAUCCAACGCCGAAAGUCCAAGAAAACUGUGCUGUUGCAUUCUCAUCCUACCAAAAAUAAAAUAAAUAAUUGACCAUGUUGUUCACAUCCACAGCCAGCCGUGUCUUGUUGAAGCACUCCUUCCAAAAGGCAACUACCACUGCCACUACUACGCGAUGCCUGUCAUCUACCCCCGCCAGCAUCCAAAAUGCCGUGGCAUCCUUGAAGGGACAACAUUUCAUGUCCAUUGAUCAACUCUCCAAAGACGAACUCAACGGUCUCUUGGAUCUGAGUCACCACUACAAGGCACAAUACGACAGUGGAUCCACGGACCAACCACUCAAGGGAGAUUCCGUCAGUAUGAUUUUCCAAAAACGAUCCACUCGUACCCGUGUCUCUACUGAAACCGGAAUGAACAAACUCGGAGGUCACGCCCUCUUUUUGGGUCCUUCCGAUAUUCAACUCGGUGUCAAUGAAAGCAUGAAAGACACGGCUCUCGUCUUGUCGAGAUUCAACAGUCUCAUUUUGGCUCGGGUCUUUGCCCAUUCCGAUGUCACCGAAUUGGCCGAACACUCUACCGUUCCCGUCAUUAAUGCCCUUUCGGACAUGCAUCAUCCCCUGCAAACUUUGGCGGAUAUCAUGGCCAUGCAACAACAUUUCGGUGCCGAUCAACUCGAAGGAAAAACUGUCAGUUGGGUUGGUGACGGCAACAAUGUCUUGCACGAUCUCAUGUUGGGAUCGGCCAUUUUGGGAAUGAACGUGCAGAUUGCAACUCCGACGGGAUACGAACCCGAUGCCACCAUUCUGGCCAAAACCCAAGAGCUAGCCAAUGCCAGUGGCAGUUCCGUCAUGACCACCACCGUCGCCGACGAAGGAGUGGCGGGAGCACACGCCAUUUUCACCGAUACGUGGGUCAGUAUGGGACAAGAAGAAGAAGCCGCCAAGCGAUUGGCUGAAUUCGAGGGAUAUCAGGUCAAUAAUGCCCUCAUGGCCAAGGCCGAUCCCAAUGCUGUAUUUUUGCAUUGUCUGCCCCGACACCCCGAGGAAGUGCACGAUGAAGUCUUUUACGGACCACAGAGUAUUGUCUUUCCCGAAGCUGAAAACCGAAUGUGGACCGUCAUGGCCGUCAUGGCGGCACAGUUGGGGAAGGUUUAGAUUGGUACUCUACCGUAAUGAAAAAGUGGAACGCUGUACAACGGUAAAGAGACUCAUGCAUUUUGCCAAGUGAACGCAACAAGGAUGGCUGGAAUGCACAAGCAAAAUGCCAGAUGAAGUCUUGAGAAUGCAUUGAUAAAUUAAAAAGAGCUUUUAGGUUGUACCGAACCAGAGAAUAGU